AUGGAUUUCUACCCCGACCAGCACGCAUAUCGCGUGGCCCGGAUGGCCGUCAUCGAGGAUGAUGCUAACGAAAACGAUAGCUGGGUGAUGUUAUCCCGUGAGGGUGAGAUCGUCAAACUCCCUCAUGAGAAGAUAUUCUACAAGGUCCGGUCUCGCAUCGGCUUGGAGUUGGCCACCCCAAAGGUCUUUAGGGAUGCUCCUCCAUUUUCCGCAAAGAGCGAUAGUGGAUUAGUCUACAUCACCAACUCCAGAUUCAUAUACCUGCCAGCAAGACCCACAGAUGCUUUCAAGUCAUUCUCUGCUCCGAUCCUGAACUUCGAGGACACGCAUGUAACCUCGACGUUCUUCGGGCCCUGGACCUGGAAUGGCAUUGUAAAGCCUGUAUCACGCGGCGGAAUUCCGCCCGAGAUUCCCAGGCUCGAGAUCAAGUUGACAUUCAGAGAGGGAGGCCAUGACGCAUUUCAGACCAAGUUUGAGACCAUGAAGGAGCGCCUUCAACACGCACGAGAUUUACAACAAGAGACGGGCCAGCAAAUAACCACAGAUGAGCCUCUGCCCCAAUAUGAACCUCGCGGAGGUGGCGGCGCUCCGCCACAGGGGGCAACAUCGCCGCAGACGACACAAGCAGGCCCUGGCCCUGGCGCUGGCGCUGGUCCUUCGGGUUCUAGCCAGAGCCAAGGGCGAUCGAACCAACCCCAACCCGAUGAGCCACCACCAGACUACGAGGAGGCCCAGGCCCAGGCCAUUGACAUGCGGCUUGAAGAUCAUGUGCGGGAGGAGGCAGAUCGGGAGUAA